AAAAAGGAGGGGAAAUGGUGAAAUUAGGCUGCGAGGGAGUGCUGCUUCGAGCGAGGAGGGAGUGUGCCAUCUGGAAGGGUCUCUCUCUUUUUUGUGUCUGGUUUGCUUCUAGGGCACGAUAAUUUCGCUUCCGCAGGCGCUCUGACUCCCUAGGGUUUCGGUUCUCUCUCGCGCUGGUUCGCUUGCUCGCCGCUUUGAUAGGUGGCGGCGGUGGCGGAGAUUCUGUUGCGAGCGAGGCGCUCGGUGGUAACGGAGGCUGGAUGCGGAAUGCGAGGGACUUGAGCGUUGGGGCUGUCGCGAUCUUCGGGUUUAUGAGGUUAGUUCUUUCGGUUUGCUGAGGGAGAAGGAAAGGGACUGAGUAGUCGCGAGUUGUGGGAUUGGAGUUGCCGGUGAGGAUCGGACGGUGCGGAUGGUGACGGCUUCAUCUGCGAGCGAAACCGAGUGAAUUGCCGAUUUGACGCACCCUCGACUAGCUAAGGUAGCCGCUGCAAGCGUCCUCUGCCUUCACUCCGUCCGAAAGCUGAAAAGGCAUGAGCUCCGAUACGGACUCCCGUGGACUGUUGUCGGUAGAUGCAGGACUGCAGAGGUCGGUAGGCUCCCUGUCUCUGGCGAGGCAACCCUCCAUAUACUCCCUGACCCUGGACGAAUUCCAAAACCAAAUUGGUGAACCUGGCAAGAACUUCGGCUCCAUGAACAUGGACGAGUUCAUCUCCAACAUCUGGACAGCCGAAGAGAGCCACGCCAUGUCGACUGCAGCGGCGGCAACAUCUGCCGGUGAGGGAGCCCUGCCCAGGCAGGCCAGCUUGCCAAGGCAGGGUUCGUUUACCUUGCCUGGGCCGCUUGGUCGAAAGACCGUAGAGGAGGUCUGGUCUGAAAUUCAUAGGGAUCAGCAGCAGCAGCAUCAACAACAAGAUCCGCUGCAGCACGGCCACAAUAAUGGCGGUGGUUCUGCUAAUCCUGUUCAUACCCGUCAGCCCACCUUCGGCGAGAUGACUCUUGAGGAUUUCCUUAUCAAAGCCGGCGUAGUCAGAGACGACAACACCGCAUCCAUGUUCAGGAAUGAAGGAAAUGCAGCGGGAGAGCCAGACUUCGGGCAGGUCCUUGGAUUGGGUUAUGGUGAUCGAGUAGCGGCAAAUGGCGAACUGGGGAGUAAUAGGAUAGCUGGCGGGGGUGUUCCGGGCUUUCCAAUGGCAAUGGGGCAGCAGAUGAUGCAGCACCAACUGGGUGUAAGUGAUGCUGGGAUUAAGAGGAUGGGCAAUGGUUGCUUGGGUGGGAGGGCUGGAAAUGGAGGCAUUGCGAUGGGGGGAUACGCCAACGGCGGAUUCGGCGGCGUGGGGGCCGGGUCACCUGCAAGCCCCCUUUCAUCGGAGGGGUUGUGUACGAGUCAGAUAGAGUGCGGAAUGUCGCCGGUGCCGUAUGGUGUGGAUGUGGGGAUGAGGGGGAGAAAGAGAACACUGGAUGGUCCGGUGGAGAAGGUAGUGGAGAGGAGGCAGCGGAGGAUGAUCAAGAAUAGGGAGUCCGCUGCUAGGUCCAGAGCAAGAAAACAGGCUUACACUGUUGAGCUUGAAGCUGAACUUAACCAUCUGAAGGAGGAGAACAUGAGGCUUAGAAAGCUGCAGGAAGAAGAAAAGGAAAGAAGGAAGAAGAAGCUAUUGGAGUCUCCUGCGCCUGCAGUACCACAGAAGAAGAAACUCAGAAGAACGCGUAGUGGACCAUGGUGACCAUGCGAAGGUCAAAUAAAAUGGUCUCCUCUUAUCUGAGGACAGGUGGACAGGUAAUUUAGCAGAAGAGGCGUCUUUGAAGUUUUUUGUACAUAUACGUAUGAAGAGCUGCCUUUGUACAGGGAGCAAGCUCUUAGGCCUUAAUAUAGGGCGUCCUUCGAGCCUUGACACAGGAAAAGUAGAAAGUAUGAUCGAGGCAAUAAACGCGACAGUCUCUCUUUC